GCAUUGCAUUACUUCAAAAUUUAGUUCCGCUCGGAGACCUUUUUGGCCGUGUUGUGGUUUUGGUGUUUCGGGCGGUAAAUUUUCGUGUUUCGCGUUAAAUUUUCGCCAAGUUAGAGAGUCUGGCGCAGUUCGAAAUGUCUACAAUGCUCGAAGGAACGUUAAACAAGUGGACGAACGUGAUGAAGGGGUGGCAGUAUCGCUGGUUUGUGCUGGACGAGAACGCUGGACUCCUCUCGUACUACACAUCCAAAGAAAAAAUGAUGAAAGGUGUCCGUCGUGGUUGUGUCAGACUGAAAGGUGCCGUAAUAGGAAUAGAGGAUCAAGAAGAUAACACAUUCACAAUCACAGUUGAUCACAAAACAUUUCACUUCCAAGCUCGCGAUAGCGACGAACGCGAGAAGUGGGUACGUAGACUUGAAGAUACAAUUAGACGUCACGUAACGAGAAAUCGUGCAUGGGAUGGCCAAAGUAGUAGUUGUGCAAUGCAACAAAAUUCAUCAAAACGUUCUAUUCAUUUAGAAUUACUAGACAGACGUGUAAGCGAAGCUGAUGCAUAUCUACAACUCAUGAUCGAACAAACGAGUAAAGUUGAAAAUAAAAUUCUAGAAAUGGAAGAUCCAGAUGAGAGAGCAAAGUGUAAACCAAUUCAGGAUAAUGCAAAUUCAAUGUUGGAUCAUAUCAAACACUCGAUAGUUUUGUUACAAAUUGCCAAAAAUACAGCGCAUCCAAUCAAUGGUUUCUAUCAAGGGCCAAGUAUCAAAAGUUCAGAUAAUAAAGCAGAUAAAAGCGCUGAUGAAGACGAUGAGGAUGAAGUUUUAACUUCGCCACAAAUUGCACCGAUUAUUCCCAAUUCUCUGGUUGAGCUGGGCUCGGAAUGUUUAGAAGGAAGCAGAAAAGGUUUACCAAUAGCGGGAUCAGCGAAUGCUAUGUCAUUGAUAGUUCCCGAAACAUCAUACUCAAGUUCAGAAGGCGAAGAAGACUUUUACGAUGCAAAUGAUGAUCUCUUCGUUAGUCAAGGAAGUUCGCCGGUCGCUAAUAAUCGAACACUUGUUGGAACCGAAUCGAUCGAUCAACCUCAAAAUACACCGCCUAUCAUACCGCAUUCAUCAGAACAACUUCCGGAUGACGCAUCAUCAGCCCAAACUCUUGCAGGCCGUCCAAAGCCUCGCAACUCAAUACCGUUCCGAAGUGAUGGGAGCCUCGAUUACGAUGCCCUGUACGAAGAUGAGGACGAUACGGAUCUUAGUAUGGAAUCCCAUGGUUCCGUAGUAACGCAUCUCCUCUCCCAAGUGAAAAUUGGAAUGGAUUUAACCAAAGUCGUGCUGCCAACAUUUAUCUUAGAAAGACGAUCACUUCUGGAAAUGUACGCUGAUUACUUUGCGCAUCCGGAUCUAUUUUUGAAAAUUGCCGACUGUGAUGAUCCACGAGAACGAAUGAUUCAAGUGUGCCGCUGGUAUGUAAGUGCAUAUCAUGCGGGACGAAAGAGUACCGUAGCAAAGAAACCCUACAAUCCAAUUUUAGGUGAAAUAUUCCAAUGUUACUGGGAAACGCCAGGGAAAAAUUUGGAUACCGAUCAAGUCCCAGAUGGACCCGUACCGUGGUGUAAGAAAGACCAGCUAACGUUUCUUGCUGAACAAGUUUCGCAUCACCCCCCAAUUUCUGCCUUUUAUGCUGAGCAUGUUAACAAGAAAAUUAGCUUUUCCGCUCAUGUGUGGACCAAAUCAAAGUUUCUGGGUUUGUCUAUUGGAGUGCAUAACAUUGGUCAGGGUAUUGUAACGUUAUGUGACUUAAACGAGGAGUAUAUACUUACUUUUCCAAAUGGCUAUGCAAGAUCGAUACUUACUGUACCGUGGAUAGAAUUAGGAGGAACAGUGACAAUACAAUCACCACAAACGGGCUACCAUGCUGAGAUAGAAUUCUUGACAAAGCCAUUCUACGGUGGAAAACGCAAUAAAAUAUCAGCAGAGGUAUUCGCGCCUAACGAGAAAAAACCUUUUGUGACAAUAAGUGGUGAAUGGAGUGGUGUUAUGGAGGCAAAGUGGCAUGAUUCCAGUAAUCCGAAUGGAGUCUUUGUUGAUGUAAAUAGUAUUCCAAUUUUCAAAAAGCAUGUGCGGCCCAUAUCAGAGCAAGCUGAUCUCGAGUCCAGAAAAGUGUGGAAAGAAGUAACCGCAGGCCUAAAAUUGAAUGAUAUUGAUCGUGCAACGAACGCUAAGUACGAAGUAGAACAGAGGCAGCGAGACGAGAACAAAGCUCGAAAGGAGGCUGGUAGUGAUUGGGAUACAAAGUAUUUCAAGCCAUUAGGUGAUGCGUGGAUCUACGUUAACCCGCUAUCACAAAGAUUAUAUGUUCAGGAAAAACAAAACAAAAGAUAGUGAUCCCAGACUUCACGCAAACCAUAGAAAGUACACACAUAGAUACAAGCCACCCCUUUCAAGUUCUGGUGAACUAUAAAAUAAAACGUAAUUCAGUUAAGUGCACAAAAGACGAAGUUAGCGUCACCAAGUAGGACGAUGGAGAACAACGGCAUCGUGCAACUUUAUGAAACUAAGCAAUCUACUACUACCUAAAGUAUACUUUAAAAAAGAGAACUUCUAAAAAUAUCACAAAAAUACACUUAAUUUUUUCAAAUCAGUCAAACAACUACACAUCAAU